AACCGAACUUAAGUUGAUACCGAACCCUGCUGACGACCGAAACAAACCAACAUUAUAAAAAGGGGGUAUUAGUUAAAAAAAGGGUUCGAUUCUCAUCUCUAAGUUUAAUGUGUAAUACACAUUGUUGACAAUAAUUAUUAUUCGGGCCAAUUUAGUGAAAAUUAGUUUCAUUUUAUUCCGGCGCUGGUACGAAGUUCUACUUCCGGUUAGCAACAAGAUGGCUGACAUCUGAAAUUGAUGUAGUCCCUAAAUGAAUAUUUAAACUGCAACUUGCCUAGCAAGCGGGCAGUAAUUACACAACGUACCGAGAAUUAAAAGGAGAAGAAAACGGAUUUAACUUAUCGCUAGAAAGUCUAGACGUGGGAAAGGUAAACGAGAUCGACUAACGAAAGUGGGAACAUUUGUGUCUUGAGAGACAAAGAACCGGAAAUUUAUGUCGCGGCACAAUAUGUCGGAGUGUAGGCACUUCGAUAAAGCAAGGGAGACUACUAAAAAAAUAAUUGGAAAUGGGCGUCGGCGCAAGAAAAUACCUGUUUUAUAAUUUUUUUAUUGUUGUGCAAUUUCAUUAAUUUAUUGUCACACAAUUUUGUUUCUUUUCCAUCCUUUUCGCUUUGGAGGACAUCGUGGCCUGCAUUUCAUUACAUGUUUAAUUUCUUUUUUCAUUUUCAAUCAGUCAACUUUGACUAAUUGAUCUACGUCUACAUGUGUGCCAAUUUUCAUAGCACCAUGUGUGGGUGCUUUGGUAAAAAAUUUGUAAAAAUAAAUCAAUGGCAUAGUAGAAUAGAGCUAAUUUUUUUUACAGAUUUAUAACACUAACACCAAUCAAUAGCAUAUUUUUAGCGGUUGUAGUUUAAAAGUUAAGAAUUUUUAAAGUACAACUUCGUUAGCCCUUUUAUAACAUGGACAGCAUCUUAAAAAUUCUGUGACCCAAUUCUGCUGUUUGCGUCACGAGCUGUAUAACUCGUUUUAAUGAUAAUUUUAUACGAGUUUUAUUUUCAGAACUAAUGCUGUAUUAAAAAAUAUUUAAAUGUUAUGCAAUUAUAUAUAAAUUUUAGUUCAUCUGACUAUGCACUAUGUAUAUCAGUAAAUUUAAUAUAAUUUAUUAAUACAUGGCUUUUCUGUCUACCAAAUCUAAGGCAUCCAUUAUACCGACAAGUGACAAGUGCUAUAUAGUCUAUGUAAUUCAACGCAUCCCCAAAAAUACUGUUUGGGAUUUACUUAUUUUGAACUUUCAACUUUGGCACAUGACUAAUUAAUUAAAGCUUUCCCUGACCAAUGGUUUAAUAGAUUUUACAAACAGUGAAAUCAUAUGAAUGAAACUCUGAGGUAGUACUAUGGUAUAGCCAUUAUGGUUGUGAAUGGUUGCCCAUGACGUUAAUCACAAGGAGAAUUCUGAUCGUUAAUAAUAUGGACUCUAUCGGGUUUUUAAAGCUCAAAUUAAAACAUUCCAGUUUAAAUGUCUUCAAAAUGCAUUCUGAAACACAAGUUAUCAAAUAUUUUGAUGUAUAUAGUGGUAAUAAUUGAAUAUUUCCUAAGCUAAUUAUGGUGUCUUCUGCCAUUUAAAAGGGGGCGUGAUCACUAAUAAAAAAUGGCCUGUGUGACCUUUGCAUAAUGAGGUCUACAUUGAGGAGAAUUGUGAAAAUGUUUCAUGGGUUAUCCUAAAUUUUGCACACAUGUGCCUCAAUAUAUUAUGCAGGCCUACUUUUAAUAUGACAGACCUACUUUGAUUAUUUAGACCAAAUUUUUUAAUGCAAAGAUGCCUUAUAUUGACAUACGAUUUUCCUCACUUAACUCAUUCCCGACGUUUGCGACUAAAUGCGUCUUUUACGGGUUUCGCCGGAUGCGUCCAAAUGCGUCCCGGCGCAUAGCGACGCACCUCUCUCAUAUCUAUUUAAAAAUAGCAAUGAAAUCUCACAUCCCUCGAGACUUCUGGCGAUGGCGUGGUUCAGCGUGAUUUUAAUUUAAAAACCGGAAGUUUUUAUCUUGUUUAACUUUAAAACUACGUUUGCUUUAGUACGGCGCGUCUAUAUGUAGCAUGUGUUCGUCCGAGGUGCCGAAAAUCGAUUUUUGGUCAUUGUUAGUUAUUUUUUCCCCGCUAAUGUUAUAUUUAUAUUAAACCUUAUUAAUUUUUUGGUGCAUUUGUUCUUAAUUCAUUAACAUUAAAUAAUAUUUAGUAGCUUAAAUACAUAUUUAAAAAAUUUAAACAAUUUCAAAACGGGGUUACUUCCCUUUCUCAGGCAAAUAAAUUAAAUACGGAAGUAGCAUUGCAGGAGGGAAUGAGUUAAAGUUGAUAUAAAGAACAAAGAAACUCAAUGGCAAUGUAGGUCAAAAUUUCUCCUAAUGUGAAUAGGUGGAAUCAGACCUUAAUUAUGGGCCAACUGGAAUCCUGAUUUAUUGAAAUUACAUGCACAUAAAAAAAUAUAAAACUCGGAUUCCAUUGCGCCGAUGCCCAUUUCCAAUACAAAUUCUCUAGGUGCGUCCCUUGCUUUACGUUUGAGCAGUAUAUUUUAUGUAGGUUGCUCUGCCCCACUUCACUUGGAUGUGACCAGGCCCCCUUUUUAAUGGCAGAAUAUGCAGAUACUUAAGAGAUAUUCAAUUAUUACUAUUAUUUACAUCAAAAUAUUUGAUAACUAUUGUUUUAGUAGAAUGAAAUUAGAAAGCAUUUGUAGAAUAAUAUUUUAAUUUGAGGUUGAUUUAUAAAUUGAUUAUAAUGUGUUUCAUUUUUUUAUUUGAAGUUUGUACUACCCAAACGUAAUAUUUUUGUAAUUUUUAAAAUUAAUUUGUUUUACAAAGGACCUAAUGGAAAAUUAAAAUAAUUUUUUUCGUUUGUUUAAUAAUUUUAUGAUUAUAUGUCUUUUCAAUCAUAUUUUAGAAUCAUAACACAUAAACUAUUGAAGGUAAAAUGAUGAAAUGUGUUACUCAUGAUAUUUAUGAUAUUAUUGAUGACUUUUCGGGAGUCCUAGAGAGCAUUUCCAUAUAAACAAAAUUAUUUUUAAAAGUGCUUUUCAUUCUUGAGGGUCAUGUAAAUAAUGGCUUAAUUAUAUAGAAUGUAAUUUUGUUAUAUUUUAAAAAAAAUUACUGGAAGAAAUGCAAUGAAAUGAAUGCUCUCAUGAGAUCAAAGUAAAUAGUAUUAGCUACUAAAUGGAGGAAAACAAUAAAAACAAAUUAGAAUCAAUAUAUCCAUAAAAUAUUUUAUCAAACUAUCAUUUUUAAUAAUAGCAAACAUAGGUAAUAAAAUGUAGAUGCAGAUAAGUGUGAAAUGCAAAAAUUUUUACUGAAAUUUUCCAGAAUUAUAAAAAUAAAAGUCAAAUACCUGCACAUAUAAAUAUAUACACUAUUACAUACAUAUGAAUAGUUAAUCAAGAUAAAAUACAGGGCAAUGAACAAAACAUAAUAAAUGCUAUUUCACCAAUAAUGAGUUGAAUUCAAAUGCUAAAACACGUUUUAAUUGUGAAGAAAAAUAAAAAUUAUUUUACUACCAAAAACUACUCAUGAAGACAAACUAAAUCUAAAUUAAUACUAAAAUUCCCCAGCAGUAUAAGAUGCCCCAUCCUCUUCUGUCUGAUGGGUAUCAUUUUCUUUUAAUUGUGCUGUUUGUUUUAUUUGCUCUAGCCAUGUCUAGAAUGGCAAUAUCUGCUUUUUAAAAAAUAUAAUUUUUUUGCUGCCUGCAAUUUCUCUUAGCCCCGAUUUCCAUUUGUUACCCCACAACCUGCAGCGCUCUUACUUGCUACCCAACAACCUGCAGCACUCUUACUUGUUACCCCACAACUUGCAGCACUCUUACUUGUUACCCCACAACCUGCAUCACUCUUACUUGUUACCCCACAACCUGCAGCGCUCUUACUUGUUACCCCACAACCUGCAUCACUCUUACUUGUUACCCCACAACCUGCAGCACUCUUACUUGUUACCCUACAACCUGCAGCACUCUUACUUGUUACCCUACAACCUGCAGCACUCUUACUUGUUACCCCACAACCUGCAGCAGCAAGAUACCCUUGUGUUGCCACAGCCCCCUGAUUUAAUUCAUCAGCAGAAAAAAGUUGUGGCAAUAUUUACUCUGGUUAGCCAGAAAACAUGUUUUGGGCAUCUAUUGCAAAUCAUCCUGUGGAGGCUUUCCUUCAUAUUUUGAGUCUUAACAAGGAUACACCUCUUUAACAAAUUUGCCUCUGUUAGCCUUGUAUACAUUUCUAAAAUGUUAGGUGCAACCUUAGGGUUUAAAUAGGUUGUUUGCUGAUUUUUGUGAGUAUGAGAGGGGAAAGUUAGUUAGAUCCCUUGCUUUGGUUUGCUGAAAGAAACAAUCUGGACCAGUAGGAAAUUUCUCGUGCAUAGGAUUGUCAUCAGUUUAUGUCGAGUGAUAGAAUGCAACCCAAGUAGCAUCUUUCAUUUAAUCAGCAGAGGAAUUUAAUGUCGUGACAGUCUUGAUGUAGUAGGUCUGAAGAAGUCCCAUCUUAGUCUGAUUAUAAUAGAUAAGAAUAAGAAAAAAAAAGAUAAAAUGAUAAACAGUCUCCAGGUUACUAAAUGAAUGCUAAUGUUAUUAAGAAGGCUAUGAUCAAUAAUACACUCACAACAUUUCAUUUACACUAUGGCUAAAUAUUGAAAUUACCUGUGUCAAAUUUCCUAGUCCAGCACCAUCUAGCUUCACAUCUCUUGUUUCCUGUGUUGACCAGGUUAUGAAGCACUGUGUUGAGCCUUUUUGCCACAUGUUUUUAUUUUCAGUGGGGGUCUGAAACUUGACUUUUUUUGUAUGUCAUGUAAUGAUGCUCCCCCACCCCCUCUCCCUUCUGUUGCAAUGCCCAGUUAUGAUAGCCCCAUAAAUUAGGUUGACUAUCACUAAAAAAAAAACCUAGGCAGAGACCAUGAUCAUAGUAAUAUUCACUGUUUGUUAUUUUUUGGCUCCAGGGAUAUUAAAUACAAGACUUCUUUUUUUCCCAUUACACAGACACACUGAUUGAAACAAUGACUCUGAGUCACUCUCUCUCUCAUUCUCUCUGAGUCACUCUCUUUUUCUCUCUGUCUCCCUCUUGCUCUGAGUCUCUCUUUCAUCGUCUCUUUCCCUCAGAGUCUCUCUCACACACACAUAUAUACAGUAUAUAGAUAUAGAUAUAUAUUUAGAUAUAAUAUAUAUAUAUAUAGAUAUAUAUACAGAUAUUUAAAGAUGUAAAUACAUCUACUUACAUAUACGUUUUUAAAAAAUGGUUGAGGUAUACUGAAAAGUUUGAGAACCACUGUUCCAAAUUACAAUGAGUUGCUUCUCUUACCACUUGCCCUGCUUGUUGGUUAAUUAAGAAAUAAAGAAGUCAAAGAAAAACAACACACUGCGUCUCAUCCAACACACUGCGCCUCCAUGUUCUCUGUCUCAUCCAACACACUGCGCCUCCAUGUUCUCUGUCUCAUCCAACACACUGCGCCUCCAUGUUCUCUGUCUCAUCCAACACACUGCGCCUCCAUGUUCUCUGUCUCAUCCAACACACUGCGCCUCCAUGUUCUCUGUCUCAUCCAACACACUGCGCCUCCAUGUUCUCUGUCUCAUCCAACACACUGCGCCUCCAUGUUCUCUGUCUCAUCCAGCACACUGCGGCUCCAUGUUCUCUGAGCGUCAUUCAACACACUGCACUUCCAUGUUCUCUGCCUCAUCCAGCACACUGCGCCUCUAUGAUUUCUUGGGUCUUCUUCUCCAUUGUUUGCCCUAGGGAUUCCACUCCAGGGACUGUCUUGCUCUGUUGAUGUCUCUCUUGAGGGUGUGUUUUAACUAUUUGGACUUAUUUGUCUUUACUCCAGUCCAAGGCUUUACACCAGGAGAGUGACCAGUACCAGUAUAAAUACAAAUAACAAAUUAUAUAGUGGAAAGGCACCGUUUGUUGACCUACUUUAAUGUGAAUUCAGAUAUAACUCUGUCCUGGCAUGGCUCCUGAAAUUGUAUAAAUUGAACCGCACAUUAAUGUUUUGAAAAGUACUGGGGAAAGAGUUUGGAAAAUAUAUACUCUGUAAAAUACAAACACAAAUCCAUUAAAAUAAGUCCAAAGUCAACACGGCAUAGUUCAUUAACCACAAGAAUCUUUUUAAUACAUCUUUAAAAAUGAAUAAACAAAUUCACAUAUCUUCCUACUUAAAAAAAAUCCCCCCAAACUAUUCACCUAGGAUAUGGUAAAACCCUGCAUUAAUUUGAAAUCAUAUAAUCACGAACAUGCUACAAGACAAUGGUCCAGCUGCAAGGAUUUUACCUUCUUUUAGUUUUUAUAUUAUUUCAAAUAUAAUGAGUUUCAAAAUCAUUUUUAAAAUUAAAUAAUGUCAAGGUAUUGUUCCUUUUUUUUAAGCCAGUUGUAAAGUAUUUCUAAUCAAUAACUAAUUUCAGGUAACUGUCAAGGUCAAGUUUACCUCUUACAUGUUUAUCACCUAUCCAAGGUCACGCACCUUUGGCCACUGUAUGGUUAUUAAAGGAUCCUGGGUCUGCCUUUCACAGAGGUAGGUGUCCCUUUUUAAUUGAAAUUUCAUGUUUCUUGUGCCAAACUAAAUAAUCCAGAAUAAAAACUUAGUAGACUACAACUGCAAUUAAGUUUUGUUGGCAAUAUAUGGUUUUGAUGUGUGAAAUAAGUUUCUGCGAAAUAUAUUUUUAUUUGAAAAUUUUUUAUGAAAAGAGAUUUUAAAGAACUCAAUGCUAUUAAUUUAAUAUAUUUUAUUUUCUCCAUAAACAGUUUAUUUAAUUUUGAUUGAAUCUUUUACAAUUUUUUUUCAAGAUCGACAUCAUGGAGAAAAAAAGAGGCAGAGAGAAGCCAAAAUCUGCAGUCUACCAACAUUUCUCUUUAACUGAUGAUGGGAAAUAUUAUGUGUGUGAGGUAGUAGAUGAAAAUUCAAUGAAAUCGUGUGGAGCUAAAAUAAGUGCAUUCUGUGGAUUGGGUAAAAGCUCUCCAUCACGGGCAUCCAAUUUGAAACGUCAUCUGCAGCGUCACCAUCCUGCUGUACUGAUGCUCAUUAUAGCCAAAGAUGCAGCGGCAGGGAGACCAACCGGGAGUUAUAUCCCUUGUACUUCUGGUCAAGUGCGUGUAAAGAAAGAACCCAAGCGACCUAAAAGAUCCAAGGAAGGAAAAGAUUCUAUGAAGCCUCAGCUGGUCCGUCAGUUUAAAACCUCAUCAGCCAGGAGAGUGACGGUGUCCAUGACAGCCGACAAAUUCAAAAGCUGCAUUAUUGAAAUGGUGGUCAAGAGUGCCGUUCCUCCAAGUUUGUUCUCUAGUCCAGCUUUCCUUGGUUUGAAUGGAGAUAUUGCACAGCAUUUCGGGGUCUCAUUAGAAAGAGACAGCAUUAAAACACUUGUUAUAGAAGAAGCUAAGAGGCAAAAGGAUGCCGUAAAGGAACUUCUUUAUCGUAAAUUUGUUCACCUGAAGCUGGAUACUUGCACCCGUCAGAAAUUUCAUUAUUUCACAAUAAAUGUUCAGUUUCUGGACGAGCGAAAAGACUUUGUCAUGCGGACAUUGGCAUUGAGGUGCACGGAAGCUCACCAUUCAGCAGAAUACCUUCAGAAGCUGGUGGUGAAUGUUUUAGAAGAGUUUGGCAUUAGUAAAGGCCAAGUUUUGUCCAUAGUCAGUGACCAUGCGAGCAACUUGAGAAAGAACACAGUUGAGAAAGCUGAGGGAGGAGAAGAGGUGACAGAGAAUUAUGAUGAUAUGGAAAUACCAGAAAACUGUGAGAACGAUGACGCUGUGGAUGUGCUCAUUGAUUCGGCUGCAAGACUCAUGCAAAUAGACCAUACGCGCUGUGCUGUCCACACGCUACAGCUUGCGAUGCGUGACGGUUUGCAAGAGAGGCAGGUUGCGAAGUUGAUUGAGAGGUUGAGAAAAAUCGUGUCGGCCGCCAAAGCGCCUCAUUUGGAUGCCAUGCUCAAGCUGCAUGCUGGGAAGGGCGUCCUUGUAGAUCAUGUGAGAUCCUGGGGCAGUACUUACUUGAUGAUCAAGCGGCUCUUAGAGCUAAAACCUUACCUCAUGGACACGGGCAACCCAGAAAUCAACAUGACAGAGGCGGAAUGGGAAGAGGUACGGGUACUUGAGGCCUUACUGCGCCAUCCGUACGGCGUGACCCAAAAAUUGCAGUCGGCCGAUUUGACACCUGGCGUCUUUUAUAAGGAAUGGAGGAACCUAAUUUUCUGCCUGUCGCUGAUCGGUGGGACAAUCGCGGAUGGUAUUAAAAACUCGAUGAUUCGCAGGGAAACUCAGCUGUUGGAUAACGACAUUCUCCUGGCGGCAAUAUAUGCAGAUCCCAUGUACAGAGUUACUCUCACAGGUGAACAGAAGAUUAGAGCAAAGAAUGCUUUAUGUUCUUUUGCCAUACGAAUGGAGUUUUUGCCAUGGGAUUAUGAGCCUGUAGAGCAGUUACCUUACAUAGGUUCAACCUCUUUCUCAUCCCAACCUAUGGACAUUGGGGAUGAUGAUCAGUUUUCCAAAAGGUAUUUAGAUGAGCAAGAGCUGGCGAAGCGCCGCAGGUCGAAUCUGGAGGAAUGCGGAGAGAAGUCUCAAAUGGGGAUGUACCAAUUCAAAGUGGACUUCAACAACGCCCUGAGGGAGGUAGAACAAGUGGACUGCACUCUGAAACUUAACGCCAAAGAGGCAAUACCCAGGUAUCCAUUAAUGGUGCAAAAUUCUGCUCACGCUGUGACAGCUUUACCGCUGACACAAGUCAGUCUGGAGCGAAUGUGUUCUGCCCUCCAGGUCUUGAAAUCUGACUUUAGAUCAGAGAUGGAAGAGGAUCUUAUAGAAGCUAUUCUCUUUCUCAGAACCAAUUCAAUUUAAUUCAGUUCAUUCUUAUCAUGUAAUCUCAUACGGCCCUUGAUGUACAUUUGGUCUAUCUAUGGUUGUAGCAACUGGAAAUAAAAAUGUUAAUAUGUACGUAGUGUAUAUAUUAUAUAUUGUAAUGGGCAAAAUGGUGUUUUUUAAUUCAUGUUUCUAUAAGCUAGGAACAAAUUUGAUAAAUUUUCAUUGCAAUAAAUCAUACUGAAUUAUAAAGAAACUUAUAAUUGUUUGCAAAAAAAGAAAAACGAAAUUACCUGAUAUUAUUGGCUUUUAUCUUAACGAAAUAGUCCAAAAAGCAAUUAACAUUUUUUGAUGCACAUAAUAUAAGUUAAUAAAUACACAUAAAUAAAUACACAUUAUAGAACGC